AUGGUUCGUUUACGAAGAAGAUUCAAAUUAUUCUGCACAAUUUUUAUGUGUGCUUCUGUUAUAACCUGCUACCGUUCAGUUUAUAACAAACUGCAAAACAAGAAUUCAAAACUUCGAGAAUUGUCAGUCGAAUACAACGACAAUGAUGUCUUGUUUAAUCUACUAAGAGAUAACGAUGGUAGUGAAAGGCAACUCAGCAGUGGAUUGACAAAUAAGGUUUCGUUUGGCUUGUUUAACGAAGUAAUGUCGGACGACGAAACAAACAGCCUGGCGGUAAAAUUCAAAACGUUUGUUGCUGGUGAUAAUGUCGUGGGUGGAAAUAAAGCAAUCGUGAACAAAUAUACCGGUACCAAAAGUUUGCAAUUGAAAUCCGAAAAAGCUGGAACCGGGUAUUUUGAAUUGCCGGUCUUACGAGAAGCCCGUUCCACUAUCAGUUUAUACCAGAGCGAGAACACACCUAGUUUUGCCACCUCACUCCAGAACGAAAAUUAUAGCUCUGCAAAAGUCAAAGAAGUAGAAGACUUCAGGAUGAAAGAAUUAGAUCAGAUUCUAAUGAGCGAGAAUAUACAACCGACGAUCGAGGUUGGAAAGGAAACGUCACCAGCAACAAGCUUUAGCGGCGAUAAUGCAAAAACUCAUGAUCAGAGAAUGGAAAUUGAAAACAACACGGAAUCUCAGCAAUUUUACGAUAUAACAUUGCAAGAUGACAAUCAUGAACUAGAAUAUCAAAAGCAAAAAUCCGUCACCUUCAAAAAUGAUGAAAUUACUCAAAUAUUUCCAUUAACUCCCGAAGAUGCCAUCCAGAUUUUCGGAGAAAAAUUGAAUGAUUGGGAACAACGAGAAAUUCGAAAUUAUUCAACAAUUUGGUAUCUCGGUCUAGAAGCAAACAAAACACGACCCCAUCAAAACUCCGUCAGCAACUAUGGAUUUGAUUAUUCUAACAACGGCAAUGAGAAUAAACAUUAUAAAGUGAUACUCGGAGAUCACAUUGCAUAUCGAUAUGAAAUAUUGAGACUACUCGGGAUGGGGGCGGAGGGAACAACAGUGGAAGCAAUUGAUCACUCAAACAACGAAAGAGUCGCCAUUAAAAUCGUCAUUAAUUCUGAGUGGGGAAAAUCGGUUACAGGAAAAGAAAUAAAUAUGAUGAAAUGCAUUGAAAAAUUUGCUACAAACCUUGACUACUUUUCACGAUUAAUUGAUUCGUUUCGAUUCCGAAACCAUAGAUGUCUCGUGUUGGAACUGCUUGGGUCUUCCUUAGAGCAGGAUCUACCACAUUAUCCGAUUAAAGAUGCCAAUAUUAUGAAGCGUGUUGCAAAGGACAUUUUUCAUGCUAUGUUUUAUCUUCAUGAACUUGGAAUUGUACAUAUGGAUUUAAAACCGGACAACAUCUUGUACAUGUACGGAAAAAAUAGACAAAGCAAAGGUCAACUGGUAAAAGUUGUCGAUUUUGCAAUCAGUUGUAUUCCAGAUUCAAAAAGUGAACUCAAAUGUCCGGAUCACCAUUUACAACCUUAUUACUAUCGAUCACCCGAAGAUAUGCUGUAUUUACCGUUCACAACUCAGUGCGACAUAUUCAGCGUGGGAACUAUACUGGCAGAAUUAUUUCUUGGCGUUCCCGCAAUAGCAGGAAGAGAUGAAAUUGACCAAUUCGUCGCUACCAUCGGAAUACUGGGUCUACCACCAGCUCACAUGCUGAUCAAUGCAAAGAGUCCAAUCUUUAUCGAAGCUAUGAAUUAUGUGCGUCAGAAUCAAUUUCGUUUCAAAAAAUUAACAAAAUCACUGCAAACAACAUUGAAAGGGAUGGAUCCGCUAUUAUUUGAUUUAAUUUCAAAGUGUCUUGAAUGGGAUCCGGCUUUGAGAAUCACUGCAGUUGAAGCGCUACAGCAUCCAUAUUUUCAAUAA